AUGCCGGCCCUCCGCUUCCUAACCAUUCAGACCCUCAACUUGCAGGCACCGCUUAGGGCGCCCUCUGUUUAUCCACUCAUCGAACGCUUGGCGCUCACGGUGGCGUACCCUCUCGCCAUAAACCUCGCGUCUUCCUUCCCCAACCUCACUCACCUUCGAAUACGGAUGCUGCCUUCAGACCACGGCGCGGCAUCGCACACCAUUGUCGAUUCCAUCAAGUUCGCGUUACUCCAGAAUCUGGAUCUGUGCGGCGAUCGUCUCAUCGUUGACCUACUGGAGAGGAUCGAAUGCCCUGAAAUCCGCGAAUUAAGGCUCGCGAUAACGGGCGGUCAAGGGAUGUUGGUGGGCGAAGGGCUUUCGGAUAUCAUCCGCUUUGUCAAAGGGUCGUCGAAGUUGGAGCAGAUGGCGUUAUCUGGACUCUUGCCUCCCACUACGACGGUGUUGCUCGAAUCGUGUCAGGAAGUCCAGGUGUCGUCCCUCGAGUUGGACAUGUGGCCUUACAGCGACAGCGAUCCUCCACGAACUCUCCUCCCGAGAAUCCGCAAGCUUUCGAUUUGGGGCAUCGGAACCUUCGAUGACGACCCUCAAGAACAACUGCGAACGGAGUCGUUCCUGAAGUACCUGGAGAGAAGGUGGAUGGAACCAGAACUGGUCGAUGGAGGUGCACAUGGGGGAGGAGUAGCGCGGUUGGAGGAAGUGGUUGUCGGGAAGCACAUGCUGCUGGAUCAGUUUCCAGAUGCUGAAGUGGAGGCGCUUCGGGCGCGGGGGAUGAAUAUUGUCGUGCGGGAGAAUUGGGAUAGUGGCGGCGAUGGGUCGCUUAUCUCUCGAGGCUACUAG